GACUUUACUGCUUUCUUUACAGCUGUGAAUUACAAUUACAAUUGUUUAUUUAUCUUUAAUUUAGAAAAAUUUGUUUAUUAUCAACCUCCAUAAUUUAUAAACUGUGAUUUUUAAAAGUCCAGAAUGUCGGAAAGAAAGGUUUUAAAUAAAUACUAUCCACCGGAUUUCGAUCCCAGUAAAGUUCCUCGGCUUCGCCAUCCCAAAACUAGACAGUACACUGUACGUAUCAUGGUACCAUUCAACAUGCAGUGCAAUACUUGUGGAGACUAUAUCGCCAAAGCAAAAAAAUUCAAUGCGAGAAAGGAAACUAUUGAAAAUGAAAGCUAUCUUGGUUUGAAAGUUUUCCGUUUUUAUUUCAAGUGUCCAGUUUGUAUGGCAGAAAUAACCUUCAAAACAGAUCCAAAAAGCUACGAUUAUGAACUUGAACAUGGAGCAACCCGAAAUUUUCAAGCACUUCGUUUAUCCGAACAAAAAGCUCUCGAAGAAGCCAAAGAAAAAGAAGAAGAGGUGAAAUCAAAUCCAAUUAAAUUAUUAGAGGAGCGUCAGUUAGCUUCACGUCGAGAAAUGGAGGAAUUGGAAGAAUUAGAAGAACUUAAAGAUCAAAGUGAUAAAAAAGUCGUGGUCAAUUUUGAAGAAAUUUUAGCUAAAAAGAGAGAUAAAGCUAAAGAAGAAGCAAUCUUAGAGGCUCGAAGACAAGAAGAAGAAGAUGAAGCUCUUAUAAAAAGUAUUAUGGCUGAAAAAGCAAAAUUAGCUCCGUCCACUUCUACUGCAUCUGCAACGAAAACAUCAUCAUUCACCUCAUUUGCACCGCCGAAACCGUCUACUAGCAAACAAUCUAUGAAAAGAAAGUUAUCCAGUUUAAUUAAAAUCAAGGAACCUGAUCGACCAGCUAAAAAACCAUCUGAUUGACAACUGUAUCAUAAAUGUAACUAUUGAGGAUUAAUCAAUACAACUAUAGUAAAAUUAUUUUGAUAGAUUAAUUUAUAUUGACUUACUUUUUAAUCACUUUUCAGCACCAAACCAUUUUUACCUAAUUUAAUCAAGACUUGUGAAUGGAGGAUUGAUUUAUUGUGUUGAAAAGAUCCUCUAUUGGCUUCUUGUAAAUUCAUUUCAAAUCAAUUGGAACCUAUGAAUCUGAUGAACUAUUAAAUUUGUGUGAUUAAACAUGAAGCGAGACCUAA